CUAAAUUUCAGAAAGUACUAUUUUCAAUCAAACCAUCUCAACUAUAUAUAAAUAGUAACAUAGCCACUUUUAUAACACAUUUUCACAUUAUCCAAUCAAAUAAACAAAACAAAACAAAAAGAAGAGAGAUCAAAGAAAUGGGAAAUAGCAUAACUGUGAAGAGAAAGAAAGCUAAAGUGAUGAAGAUCGACGGCGAAACUUUCCGAAUUAAAACUCCAGUGACGGCGAGAGAAGUCACGGCGGAGUAUCCUGGUUACGUUCUUUUAGAUUCUCAAGCCGUUAAACACUUCGGAGUUCGAGCUAAACCGCUUGAACCGAACCAAGUCUUGAAGCCUAAGAAAACGUAUUUUCUCGUCGAGCUUCCUAAGCUUCCACCGGAGACUGAUAAUAAUAAGCUUCCGUACCGGAGAGUUAUGUCUGGGAUCCACGUCGGCGCUAAGGAGAGGUUAGAAAUGUUGAUGUUGUCUCGUAGAACGGUUUCUGACGUCACCAUCGGAAGAUCUGACGGCGGAGGAGACGGGUUUGGACCGGGGCAUACGAGUGUGAGGUUGAGGUUGCCUCGUUCUCAGAUAACGAAGCUUAUGGAGGAGAGUAAUGAUGAUUCGGAGAUAGCUGACAAGAUUUUAGGUAUAUAUAUGGAGAGGUCCGGUGAGAUUGGCGGCGGAAGAGUUGGUGUUGAUAGCCGCCGGAAACUUGGAAGUGGGGAGAUAAAAGCGCGUGAGAAGCAGGUGAGUUUCGCCGGAGAAGGUCGACGGGAGCUUCCUGUUCUAUGGAGCAGAAAUGAGAAAUAAUCAUCAAUUCAAUUCGACGACAUAUUCUCUCUUGAAAAAAAAAAGCCUUUUAAAAUUAUAUAUUGUGUGUGUAUAUAAAUCUUUUUAUAUAGCAACUAGAGAUUACUUAGAACUGUUUGUUUUCUUUAUCGUUAACUAGUCCUUUCACACUUUAACUUUAAGAUAUGUUAAAGUAAAUUUAUAGGCGCUAA